AUGUCCGAGCUUCAAGCAAUUUUGUUAUUACUAAAUCCUGUAGAUUCUGCAACAUUAUGUGCAGUAGGAUCAAAGUUGAGGCCUCAGGACUAUGAAAAUGUAUUAUUAGAGCGUAAUUUGAAGAAGUUAUGUGGAUAUCCAUUAUGCCAUAAUCCUCCAAGAAAGCAGAAGCAACCUUAUAGGAUUUUGUAUAGCAAAUGUAAGAUUUAUGAUCAGAGAAAUUUAUUACGUUUUUGUUCCGUCAAUUGUUUUAAAAAAUCCGCAUUUUUCGCUGCACAACUGAAUCCAGAGCCUCUUUGGCUAAGAAAUGCUGAAGCAGUUUUGGACAUUCGUCUUUUAGAUGACCAAAUAGGUGGUUUUACGAGUACAUGUGAUGUUAAAUUGCAUAAAGAUAUCACUGAUCCAAGUUUAAAUAUUAUUAGCUCGAAUUUAAAUACAAAUGGUUUAUUUGCUACAAAACAUUCUAAUUUGCGUAUUUUACAUAGAACUUCACAGCUCAAUCCUUGUACGAGUUCCCUUAAUACAUCACUUCCUAUUAUUGAAAGAUUACCUCCAACGAUGAAGUCUAAUGUUGUAGAAAGGUUUCCUAAUGCAAAAGAUUAUGAGCAUAUUGAGGGUUUUGCUCCGCGAGUAGGCAAGUUGCCAAAAUGA